GGAUGAGUCGACGAUUCUGUGUCACAGUAAAUAGAAACGAUAAUGAAUUCAGUGUAUAUUGAUAUGCUAUAUUAAAAGGACAAGCAGACUACAUUAUGAUAAUAAGUUGAUAAAUUGGUUUGAGGCCCCGAGAAAUUAAUCAUGCAUUGCGUACAGGGUCAUUAAGAAUAAAGGAAAACAUAUUGAUAUUUCAAAUAUAAAAAUGUGAGAAGACCGGACAUGGAAAAUUAAACUAUUAGUAGACAAAAAUGGCGAAAAAGAUUUGCUGGAGGAAGAUGCUGAAUCCACGUAGAGUGGCCAUUGUUUUUCUACUUUUAGGGAUAUCAGUCAUAAUAUUAAGCAACCUGAAGGUUUGGAAAAUACCAAACGUGACCUCCAUGAUCUCUACAAUUCUACAUGAGGACAAUAGAAAAAAUGUAUACAUAAAUAAACUGGAUAUAGCAUUGGUAUGUUUAGAAUGUAACCUUCAAAAAGGAAAUAGUUUGGAAACGAUUCCGUUUUUAAAGAAUUUUCUCACAUUAUGUAGAACUGCGUCACCUGGAUACAACUAUGCAAUAUUUAUUCCAAAACAAGAAGUGUCUGAAGAUGAGGUCAUCAUGAAUAUCUUUCGCUCUGAUUUUGAAAAUUGUUCAAAAUUGUUUAAUAUAACAUUGCGAAUCGUCCCAGAUAUUGAUUACCGGGGCCACACAGGUAGGGGUCUUAAUGAUAUUAUGUACAUAGCCUACUUAUCUGGAGCAUCGUACAUUUAUAAAAUGACUGAUGAGUCCACGUUUUUGCCUACAUCAAAGAACUGGACAGAAGUGUAUAUAAAAGAAUUACAGAGUCGCAAGGACAGUGAAGUUGGGAUUAUUUUUGAUUGUAAACAGGAGUUCCGGAAAUGUCUAAAAAUGUCCUAUUUUAUUCACAAAACUCACAUGGACAUAUUCGGAUCUGUAUUCCCACCAGACAUAAUGGAUUCAGAUGUUGAUCAUUGGAUCUAUGAUCUUUACUAUCCGAAUUACACGUCAAACAUUCCUAUUACAUCAAGUGCUUUGAGUGCUGAACGUGAUCAAAAAACCAUCAAUAAACCAGAUCUAUGCAAAUCUUUGGUAAUCAAAUACAAACCGAUGUUAGAGCACUAUACACAUAGCCUGAAAUCUACACAAACUAAAAGAAAAGAUUUGAUUAUUUCAAUGAGCCUAUGGGGAAACUCAAAGAGAUAUACCUAUGGCGCAAUAAGAAACGCCCAACUCGCAAGGAUGAACUUCCCAGCAUGGACUCUUAGGAUAUAUAUCGAAAAACGUAAUACUCAGCAUAAGCACUCUAAAGUUCCUGAUUAUGUUCUCGAAAAGCUGGUUGACUUGGGCGUGGAUUUAUUUGAGGUGGAUACACAGAAUGUGACCUUAGCACCAAUGAUAUGGCGUUUCAUGGUCGCAGAUGAUUUGACAAUCGAACGGUUUGUAGUAAGAGAUUCAGACAGUCGACUUACGGAGCGUGAUGCGGCAACAGUACAAGAGUGGCUACAUACAGACAAACCCUUCCACUGCAUUCGCGAUCAUCCUAGUCACGGUAAUUUCCCCCUAAGUGGUGGAUUAUUCGGAGGUAAGCCUAAAGAUAUUUUGAAAAUAUUUGAUAAACCAUGGAGCAAGUUGUCAUCACAAUAUGGUUCGGGGUACUUGGAGGAUAUGAACUUUUUAAAUAAUAUGGUUUGGUCAAAAGCAAAAGAUCACUUUUACUGCCAUGAUAGUGUAUCAUGUAAGAAGUAUACUAGCUCACAUCCGUUUCCAGUGGCCCGAAACGGUAAAGAGCACAUUGGUGGGGUUUAUGACCAAUAUGACAUUCCAAGAAAAAUAGAUCUUGAUAUAAUAAAUCUUGAGAAAUUACCAUCAGAAUGUACAAACGCAUCAUCUGCCAAAGCUCAAGAAACAACGAUUGAUCCAACUUCAGCAAAAACUAGACCAAUUGUUUUAUGGAGCAACGAUUUCCAUAUAAGUCCAAUAAAUGACCUUAAAUCUUUCCUUGGAGCAAUGAGAGCUACGUUCAUUGAUAAAAGCCUGUCUGGGCAUUGUCAUCUCACAAAAACCUGUGCAACAGAUUUGAAAGUUUUGAAUAAGGGGAAUGGCAUUAACUUGGACAGACCCGCCAUCUAUACAGAGUUUUAUGAAGCCUACAAGGAUGACCCUGAAAUGGAAAAGGUCGAUGCAUUUGUUUGUUUCCAUCCAUCGUCGAUGUGCGAAAUUUUCAUGCCAUUCAACAAAUCAAUAAUUGUUAUACCUUCCACACGUUUCGAGAUGGGCAGACACACGAAGGAUCGUUGGAAUGCUUGGAAUCUGAAUUUAAAACGUAUUUCAGAGCAGCCACAAAAUACGGUAGGGGCCAAUAACCAGUACGAUUUAGAGUAUGUGCGAUACUUUACAGGAAUCACACCAACACUUUUACCAAGUUAUUGUGGGUAUGUUGACUCUGAAUACAACCCCACUCGGCCGGGUUAUCUUCUUAGUCCUGUUCACAAAGCUGGAUUCGAAAAGAUCUUCCUAGAUGAAUUCAACAAGGCAAAAGAAGUAUCCAAUGUAAGUCUGACUCCACUUCGUAAGCUCUAUAGUCAUUACGAAUACAGUGAUCUGGCCAGCCAUCAAGGGAUUGUGUAUGUACCUUAUCAAGUUUCAGUGAUGAGCCUGUUUGAGCAAUACAGAAUGAACAUUCCUCUAUUUUUCCCCUCUCUCGAUUUACUUUCUAGUUGGCAACUCACCUAUAAUGUCCUAAACGAGCGAACCUGGAGUUCAGUUUUCGGCACAAUCCCUGACAAAUCCAUAAUGCCUGGCGUACUAGACAAUGUGCCAGACCCAAAUAAUGACAAAGACCUCGAAGCCAUAAAAUAUUGGCUGAAGUAUUCAGAUUUUUACCAGUGGCCACAUAUCGUUUACUUCGAUUCCUACAAAGAUCUGAUCAAGAAACUAGAAACCACUGAUCUGAGGAAAGUGUCUGAUGGAAUGCGUGAAUAUAACAAGAAAGUAAAAACUGAUUUAAUACAAAGAUGGCAGACAAUUUUAGAAAAAGUACGGACGUUCUCUCAUCAUUUUAAUUAAUACCAUGUAAUUGUGACCUAUAUGCACUGCCGGUACACCCCUCUCCAUAAGUUUGGCAAUUGGAUGUACUCGUUCAGAUAACUUAUCAAAGCCAGUUUAAUUUAUGUUUUGCAAACUUAUGGAGAGGGUGUAUCAUACACAUUAUAAGAGUGUCACAUUCACAGUAAUUUAAUCGUCUGACAUCCUCCUUGAAGAACCAUAUCCGAACUUGAAAAUUGCCGUAUUGUAACUUUACCUUUACAGAAAUAACAUACGAUAUAGUUCCAAGAAUAUGACAUGCACAUGAUAAUAUGUAAAUACAUAUCAUAACUUAACAAUUACAAAAAAAGAGAUAGAGGCUGAUAAUGUAUGCUUUUGAUAAUAGUGUAGAAUAGAAUAUGACAUCCACAAGAGAACAUGUAAAUGCAUGUUGUAACUUUACUGUUACAAUAUAAGAUAGAAGUUAAUAACUUUAUACCUUUGAUAAUAAUUCAUAAAUAUAAAACAUAAAAUAGAAGUAAAUAAGUGUACACUUUUGAUAAUAGUUCCCAGAAUAUAGUAAUACAAAAGUUAAUACAUAAUAAUAAUAAUAAUUGUAUACCUUUGAUAAAAGUUCUAAGAAUAUGACAUCCACAAGAGAACAUGUAAAUACUCAUUGUAAUUUUACUAUUAAAACAAAAGAUAGAAGUUAAUUUGUAUACCUUUGAUAAUAGUACUAAAAAUAUGACAUACCCAAGCGAAUAUGUAAAUACAUAUUGUAACUUUACUAUACUACAAUAGA